CAGUAACGUUGACAAGCUUUGGCGGUGGGAACCUUUGUUCGCUGGCACUGUGAACUGGUGGCCGGACGGUUUACGGCGAUGCUCACGGAGUGAACUUCCACCCCCUCCAAUUAGUUUAUUGUUUUAACUUAGCUAACAGGUUCUAUGAGUAACUCGGCCGAAAGAAAACAUUCUAACGAUUAGCACGCUUGACGAUUCACUCAUUAAGAUGUAAGAAAGAGCGCGUCGACCAGAUUCCGGCGUUGACAGAGAUGCUCUCUCCGCGAUAAGCUAGCUAGCGUUAGCUGUCUAGCUAACGUAGCUUACGUAGCUUUGGAAACAACAUGACGGCGACGAGGAGCGGUGUGUAAACAGCGACCGACCGGACACCGAAUCGCGCCGAUUUCCUGCUGGUGCACAUAUUUCCAGGAUUAUCCCGUCUUUGUGUCUGCAUAGCCUUCUCGACCGAGCCUUCUCGACCGCGACAACACAACCGAUUUCAUGUAACGUUAACCCGCAAGUUCUCUUAGAAAAGUAACCCGGGAGCAAACGUCGUCGUAGCGUGCGGGACCGUAUCAUCACUUUAUUCCGAUGGGCGAGGAAAAAGCCGGACACGCUGGACUUCGUGAAGGAUUUCCAGGAGUAUCUGAGCCAGCAGACUCAGCAUGUCAACAUGAUAUCGGGCUCUGUCAGCGGCGUCAAGGAGGAGGACGAGCUGCCACCAGACUGCAGUCAGAAUGGACUAGAUCAUCCCUCAGUGGACUUGUCGCUGGAGGACAGUUCGGGGAUCCUGGUGGAUGGUUUCGAGAGGACCUACGACGGCAAGCUCAAGUGUCGCUACUGCAACUAUGCUACCAGAGGCACCGCACGGCUCAUUGAGCACAUCCGAAUUCACACCGGAGAGAAACCUCAUCGCUGCCACCUCUGUCCAUUUGCUUCCGCCUACGAGCGCCACCUGGAGGCCCACAUGCGAUCGCACACGGGCGAGAAGCCUUACAAGUGUGAGCUGUGCUCCUUCCGCUGCAGCGACCGCAGCAACUUGUCGCACCAUCGCCGCCGACGCCACAAGCUCCUGCCGAUGAAAGGUGCCCGCUCACUUUCCCACAAGAAGAUGUUGAGUGUUCUACAGAAGAAGGCCAGCUCGCUGGGCUACGGCCGCCGCCUCCUCAUCAACUUUAGCCCCCCUUCCAUGGCGGUGCACAAGGCUGACAAUGUCAACGACUUCUCGCACGAGCUGCCCCACUUACGCCAGGAGACGUAUGAUAACCCGGGUGGCCCAGCGGAGCACGGGCACUCUCCAAAUCACCGUGACAUGGUUAUGGAUAACCCCCUGAACCAGCUGUCCACACUGGCGGGCCAGUUAGCCAGCCUCCCCUCUGACUCCAGGGACCAGAUUCAACCCCCCAUGUCUCCAGGAGAAGAGUCCCCCGUAGAUGAGAAGCCCUUCCUCAUCGAGCAGCCCCAUCCCGCCACAACUCCCGUGGCUGUGUCUGCGUCAGCCGCGUGGGUCCAGGCCUCCUCCUCUUCCCCAAUCACCCCGGAGUCCCGGGCUCCUGCCCACAGCAGCUGCAGCCCUAGAGGGGGGCCGUGCAGCGAGCACAGCGGGCGCACCAGCACUCCCAGUAUCUCCAACAGCCAACCCAGUACGCCGGGCCCCCGGCCCUGUCCCAUCCCGCUCCAAGAACCCCACAUGCUACACCACUGCGAGCACUGUGACAUCUACUUCCCCGACAACAUCCUCUACACCAUCCACAUGGGCUGCCACGGCUACGAGAACCCAUUCCAGUGCAACAUCUGCGGCCACAAGUGCAGGAGCAAGUACGACUUUGCCUGCCACUUUGCGCGCGGGCAGCACAAGUAACGGGCGGCUGGGGAAAACUUUGAAAGGACUUUUAAUGGACAGCUUUGUUUUAUUGGACACCAUAGUAGUUUUAUUUAUUGGUCUUUUACUUGGCCGUGAUGUAGCCUAGCCUUUUGAAGGUGUAAAAUGUAACAUGAUGUGUUUUAGUAUGU